UUUAAAUUGCGUUACAGCCUAGACGCCUUAAGAGACUGCAGGAGUUCCCCGAUUCCUGGAAAAGGAAGCGAGACAGACCCAAAAGAUAAUACUAAAAACGAAAGAGAAAGGGUUUUUUCCCUUUGUUUUCUUCUCUCCACCUCCACCCACGUCUCGCCUUUACUCCGGCCGCCGCAUCCUCAACCCAAGGUGGAACCGGGGCGCGUCGAGACCUCCGCUUUAAAAAUGCCCAUGGAGCUAACGCAAAGCCGCAUCCAGAAAAUUUGGCUCCCGCCCGACAAUCACCCGGCGCGGCCCCAUAGAUCAUGCGGCCCGCAGCUUACCAAUUCCCCCACUGUGAUCGUCAUGGUCGGCCUUCCGGCUCGUGGGAAAACCUACAUUUCCAAGAAGUUGACCCGCUACCUCAACUGGAUCGGCGUCCCCACAAAAGUGUUUAAUGUCGGGGAGUAUCGCCGCGAGGCUGUGAAGCAUUACAGCUCCUACAACUUCUUUCGUCCUGAUAAUGAGGAGGCUAUGAAAGUCCGCAAGCAAUGUGCCUUAGCUGCCCUGCGAGAUGUCAAACUGUACCUGUCCGAGGAAGGUGGCCAGAUUGCGGUUUUCGAUGCUACAAACACCACACGUGAGAGAAGAUCUAUGAUCUUGCAUUUUGCCAAAGAAAAUGGUUUCAAAGUGUUCUUCAUCGAAUCCGUCUGCAAUGACCCGUCUGUCGUCGCUACAAACAUUAUGGAAGUCAAGUUGUCCAGCCCAGAUUAUAAGGACUGCAACUCUGCUGACGCGAUGGAAGAUUUCAUGAAGAGAAUCAGCUGUUACCAAGCGAGCUACCAACCUAUGGACCCAGACGACUACGACAGAGACCUGUCGCUGAUCAAAGUGAUUGACGUUGGCCGGAGGUACCUUGUGAACAGGGUGCAAGACCACAUCCAGAGCCGAAUAGUCUACUACCUGAUGAACAUCCACGUCCAGCCUCGCACCAUCUACCUGUGCCGGCACGGCGAGAGCGAAUACAACGUCAAGGGAAAGAUUGGGGGAGACUCUGGGCUCUCCUGGAGGGGAAAGAAGUUUUCCAGUGCGUUGAGCCAUUUUGUCCAGGAGCAGAACCUGAAAGACCUCAAAGUUUGGACCAGCCAGCUCAAGAGGACCAUCCAGACAGCAGAAGCUCUCGACCUGCCCUACGAGCAGUGGAAGGCCCUGAAUGAAAUUGACGCUGGUGUGUGCGAAGAGCUAACCUACGAUGAAAUCAAGGAAAAGUACCCGGAAGAAUUUGCUCUGCGGGACCAGGACAAAUACUACUACCGCUACCCGUCGGGAGAGUCCUACCAGGAUCUCGUGCAGCGCCUGGAGCCUGUUAUCAUGGAGCUGGAGAGGCAGGAGAACGUCCUUGUCAUCUGUCACCAGGCCGUGAUGAGAUGCCUCUUAGCCUACUUCCUUGACAAGAGUGCAGCGGAAAUGCCUUACUUGAAAUGCCCUCUCCACACAGUGCUGAAGCUAACCCCUGUGGCGUAUGGCUGCAGAGUUGAAUCCAUCUUCUUGAACGUUGAGGCUGUGAACACCCACCGGGACAGAACAGAGGAUGCAAAGAAGGGAUCUAACACCCUCAUGAGACGCAAUAGCGUCACCCCUCUAGCGAGCCCAGAGCCCACCAAAAAGCCUCGCAUCAACAGCUUUGAGGAGCAUGUGGCUGAUUCUGCUUCCGCUGCCCUGCCCACCUGUAUGCCCCAGGAGGUGCCCGCCCAGAUGCCCGGACAACCUUUACUGGGGAAGGCCUGCCUAACAUGACCACGUCCCGCACGCAGUCUUGGGUUUCUUCAGGCGAUGUUUAGGAAGAUGGAAGAGCGCAGACGGAAGGAAACUCAGCCCGCUUGCGCCGCCCCGCUCCGAAGCUUGCGUCUGCCGUGUGUGUCUCUCCAUUCAACGCGAGGAUCUAUCCCUUCUCGGAUCCCCAUAAGCUGAUCAUCUGCCUGUUGCGUAUUGGACUCUGUUGCGUAUCAGACUCGAGACACGGUGGUGUUUCUUGGGGUGGGGUGGGGAAUACACAAGAGAAGCUGGGAAGGAGAAGGAACAUCGCUUUAAGAAUGCAAACCGGAGGGUCGUUAAGCUGGUUGCUUUUCCCCCACCACUUUCUGAGAUUUUGGUAGACUAAAGAGUCUUCCUCUGCAGCAUCCUGGCGUCCCCGAGUUGUUUGAUUAUUAUUUCUAAAGUGACGCAGUUGCCUUGCAGAGAAGAAG